CUUGAACAAGCAUACGAAGUACAAUGACGUCACACUUUCAUGUAUUUUGAUCAAUACACCAGACGCAUAGAUGAUAGAGUCAUGGGAGAUAACGAAAACAAAUAGUAAAUCGAAAGUGCAGAAAUGGACUUUAAUGAGAUGAUAUAUAGGCCAGUGGCCAUAGGGGAGCUGCUACGGCAGCAAGUGAAAGAACAAAGUAACUAUUGCAACUUCACAGUGAAACAAGGACUCUGGACCAAGCGUUACCAUGACUGUGUUUUGUGUGUCAGUCCAUUCAUCCAGGCAAUGAUGAGGAAUAACUUCAAUGAAAAAGCCAAAGGUUUUGUAGAAUUGAAACUAGGCUCUCCAGAGUCCAUCGACAUGGUAAUGAUGUUCUUCUACGGGCAAUUUCCCAUGUUGACCAUAGACAAUGUAUCCGCCGUGAUGCACCUGGCCGAAUUUUUGUUGAUACCAAAUCUGAAGGCGUUCUGUGUAAACUGGAUCAGAAAGGAUACCAAGAUGGAUGAAGAAAACAUAGAAAAUCUACUCCAUCUCAGCAGUAUCUUUGAUUUUAAAAUGCUUGCAUUGACAAAAUACAUCAGGCAACAUUUGCCAGAAUUGUUAGGCGGCAAUCAGUUACUGACAAUCACGGCUGACACGCUUGAAAACAUGUUCUCAGAUGCAACAUUGUCAUAUGUUAACGCAGAUGUCAGGUUUGAAUUUAUGAUUAGGUGGGUAGAGCACUCCCCUGAACAGAGGAAACCAAAGCUAGACAAAAUAAUUGCAGGCAUAGAACUCUCGGAAGUAACUGUUGGUUUGAUUGAAAAAGCAAAAGGGGAUAAACACUUUGAAGACUUACAAAAUCUAUAUGAGACGGAAACUGAAACUGUGGCAAAAAUGCAAAAUGUAUUGAUCACUCAGAACGACCUUGAUCAUGGUUUUUCUGGGUUUUUGACCUAGCCCAGGAAAGAUGGUUUAGGAUUAAAAGCACUUGCAAUCACUUAGAAAGAGCCUUUACAUUCACCUACGCGAAAUCCACUCUUUGCGUGGUGGAGAAGAUAUCAGAGAAAUGUUUUAUUCGCCUUCAUGAUUGUUUAGAUCUUGACGAGUUAACUUACAAUUUAGUAAGUCUUAUCACUUCACAUGAUCAAAAAAUAGGGAAACUUGUUAAUAUUUACAUAUCCGACAAAGUCUGUUAUGUAGUCUCAAAAUAUCCGGUCCUAAUAAAGAAAAAGGAAAGAGUACAAGGCCUUAGUCAUAAGGCACAACGAACCCAUCGAAUGUCGACGUCAAGAAGUCCUACAAAUAUGACUAAUGCUUCUAGAAUGCUGACUCAAAGACCGACGAUCCUUUUGGGGGGUAAUCAGCGGAAGUAGUAACGAAACAAUUUUAACGCCACUUCUGUCAAUGAAUAUAGAUUUUGAAGUAAGACUUGUUGUAAAUGAUGCCAAAUUAAUAGCGCUUUUUUCCAAAGUUCAGAAGUUUUUUUGCAUAUACGACCAACAUUCCUGCAAAAUGAAAAUUCUCGAUAUAGAGCUUAAAUGCCAUGAUGAAGUGAGUCCAUUUAAAGAUGGUUUCGUUAUCUGUGACCAAAAGAAAAUUCGUUUUAUACAAUCACAAACAGGUCUUCGAAAUGAAAGAAUAUUUUCAGUUUAUGAAACCUACCCGUAUGAAAAAACUGAUUUAAGUACUCUUGUUGUUGUUAGGAACAAAUGGGUUCGUUAUCGAAUAAAAAGGAGAUCUCACGAACGCUCUGAUUUCUUCAAGCUGAUGGAGUAUACAUCGGAUGAAUUGGGAAAGGUAAGUGCGAACGAUGCAAAAUGGAAGCAGAUUCCUCUCCCCGACGACAAUGUAGAUGAUUCUAUCAUUCGAAAUAUUCAAGAAAUAGAGAUUCCACGGUACAA